UUUCUUUUUAUCUUCAGAACCUCCCCAAUGCAAAGACCAAGUGUUUUAUAAGUGUUUGUGGAGAUUAGGUCUACUUCUAGGUUCCAAAGACCUGACCUUUCUUUGUUUUAGACCCUAGAAUUUUCCUUUUUGCAUUCUCUCAACUCUUGGGUUUCUUCUCUCUUUUGAUCAUCUCCCUUUCUGCUUCUGGUUUUGUUGUUUAAACUUUAAACUUCAAAGGUUGCAAAUUUGAGUGAAAAAAUGGAUUAUUAUGAACAACUUGCUGCUAGGCCCUCUUAUCAGGAUUCUCUCAAGGUUCUUGAGGCUGAUAUUCAGCAUGCCAAUAUGCUGGCAGCUUCCAUACCAAGGAGCAAGGGUGGUACGUUUCUUCAAAUGAAAUUGGUCUACACUCAGUUGGCACCGAUUUUCUUGUUUCUGCUUCAGUGGAUUGAUUGCUCGUCAUCAUGUUUACUUGCGAGUUACUUGAAUCUUUUUGACAUAGUUAUAUAUAAGGUGAGCUCAGAUGGGAGACCAAAUAUCUCGUCUUAUGGAAGGAAAGCUACCACCAGUCAAUUCUACAAUGUUAUAUUACCAUCCCUUCAGCGUCUCCAUGGUGAUUCCUUGGAUGUGGAUAUCACCCAAGAGGAAGAUCUAAAGAUGAUUGUAAAAAAGAGAUAUGAGGGUAAGAUAAAGCUUUCUGACAUCGACUUGGAGAGAGAAAAGGAAUGUGGUAUCUGCUUAGAGCUUUGCACCAAAAUGGUCUUGCCAAACUGCUGCCAUGCCAUGUGCAUCAACUGCUACCGUGACUGGAACACAAGAUCGGAGUCUUGCCCAUUUUGCCGGGGAAGUAUAAAGAGGGUGGAUUCUGGGGACUUGUGGGUGCUUACAUGUGGAAGUGAUGUGGUUGACACUCAAACUGUUAUAAAGGAGGACAUGUUGCGAUUUUAUCUUUUUAUUAACAACCUACCGACAGAUAUCCCUGAUGCUCUAUUCCUAAUGUACUAUGAGUACCUAAUAUGAAUUAACAUGCGAAGUGAUGUAUAGUGAAGUAGCCGACUGUCACAUGUACAUAGUCAUGUAAGGCUUUCAAGUUGAAAAAAGCUAUGUUCUUCUAGUUGUUCAAAAUAAUGUACAUGCUCUAUGUAAGAGACGAAAUAUGAAUAUAAAUGACAUCUCUUUCCGCA